AUGGACCCCAACUGUCAUGACAGCUUCAGCUUCUACGACGACAGAGAUUCGAGGCUCAGUCUCCCAGUAUCGCACUCAAUCGGUAUACAAAGGCGCCAACGUGACGCAUCGCGCGAAAUCCCACGUUCAGACGCUUUAAUCUUCGUCAUGGGCCCUCCUAAGCCUCCCGUGCCCCAUGGGGCCCCGAUAUACCGCUUGACAGCCACCGCUCUUGGAGCUGGAAUGUGGUUUUGGUUGAUGUACAGAGCGAAGAAAGACGGAGCGGUUUUGAUGGGCUGGAAGCACCCCUGGGAUCAUUGA